AUGUCUUCUAUGGAAAUGCAUGCCUUUGCACGUGAUGUUCAACCGCUGGUGGACACGCCACUUCCAGAAAUGCAUGAGGAACGAGUGGAUACAGAUUAUGGGAAGGUGAAGGUGUCGAUUUAUGGUAAUCGUAGUAAACAUCCCCUCGUAACCUUUCACGAUCUCGCCCUCGAUUCAGAGAGCAACUUCCAGAACUUCUUCCAAUUCGUUUCAAUAGCAGAAUUUACUGAUAAAUUCUGCAUUUACAACAUCAAUGCUCCUGGACAAGAAAUGGAUGCUCACCCGCUUCCAGAAACAUAUGUGUUUCCUUCCAUGGAUGACCUCGCUAGAAUCGUUGAGAAUGUUGUUGAUCAUUUUGAUCUUCACUCACUUAUUGCCUUUGGUGUCGGUGUGGGAGCGAAUGUGCUGCUAAGAUAUGCGCUUCUCAACCAGCGUCGUCUUGAUGCUUUAAUCCUUGUCAACUGCGUUGCCAACACUGCGGGGUGGAUCGAGUGGGCAUAUCACAAGAUGAAUCUUCGAUAUCUGCGCAGUGUUGGAAUGAACACAUUCACCGUCGAUUAUUUGAUGUGGCACCAUUUUGGACGACGCCUGGACGAGUGUAGCCCAGAUAUUGUCCGUCAAUACCGCGUAUAUUUCCAGCAUCUGCCUAAUCCAUCGAAUCUAGCAAUGUUCAUCGAAUCUUAUUUGAAUCGCUCACCUAUUGCGAUUUCACGGGACGGUGAAACCGGUCCUCAGUUGCACGUACCUGUUCUGCAGAUUGUAGGAGCUGGAAGCCCAUUCGUCAAUGAUACGGUAGAUGUAAACACGAAACUAGAUCCAGCCCAUUCUGACUGGAUCAAGAGAGCAUGUGAACCAUCAUUGAGUGCAAAACCUAAAAAGAAACUAAGAAGAAGGUUCACGAUGGAUUUAGUGGAUACUAUACAGAAUUUGAGUGAAUACUGGGGACCACCUGCAGAGAACUGGUUCGACUAUUUCGUCCAUGCCGAAAAACUUUCACAGCUACUCUCCAAAUCAGGGAAUCAAGAAGUUGUUGGUCGUCUGGCAAUCCAGUUUGCUGAGCAGGCCGCAUCCACUCAAAAAGAGGGUGAAAUGAUGAUUGCUAAAGGAUUUCCAAACGAGGAUGUUCAGUUCGCUGAGAAAAAAGCUGCGUGCCUUGUUCUAUGUGCCAUGGCUUGCUUUGCAUACAUCGGAUGGGACAUUGAUUAUUUGAUAGAUAAAUACAAUGAAAUCCUAUCGGUUCGGAUAUUAAUAGAAAAUCUCCUUGGAUUGUGUCGUUCCAGUGAAACCACAUCAGAUGCUCAGUUUGCUGAAUACUUAUUCGCUAAGUGGGCCAUGAUAGUCGAUCGCCGAUAUCGUAUACCACCUCCACCUGCUAAGCAAACUGUGAACAAUCCACUACUUGUCCCUGAUCUGCACUUGACCAAACAUGAAAAUAUUCGUAAAAUGGUGGUUGAUACGAGGACUUGGUUUCCCCAAGUUGUCUCUUCCCUUGAGAAAUUUGUCGCAGAAGGAAGAGAUCUCAACGUUCCUAAUGUGAACUGCUUCCUGUCACCCUUUCUUGAGAAAGGUGGUAUGUCGUUAGGAGUUGGUGUUGCUGGGAUAAACGUUUUGUGCAUGUGGACACCUCGUCCAGAUUUCAGCUUGUCCACAUUUGUGAUUCCGGGAGCAGAUGUGGUAAAUGCGAGCCGAUUCGACCUCCUUCAGUUCCAUUUCGCAAAUGGAUCUAUUGAUAUUGCACGAGAACAACUGAAACAGAUAACUUCUCCAUCGAACACAUCUCCACUUGUUGCCAUUGAUAAAAGAGAGUUGAAUGGUUACUAUUUAGCACUAAAUGUGCCAUCACCAAUGCCGCCUAUUCCGUUCACAGGAAACGAGUUUUCACCAGAUCAGAAACUCCUCACCGAAGAUUCGUCAAUUUUCCGUCGUUUGCGGAUGUGGAGGUCACGCGCGGUCACAAGAACCAGUGGCCAAUUACAGGUUGCCUUUCGUUCCGAGAAUGCGGCUAAAGAUGUGUUAGAAGGUCGUGCUACUUCGGUUCGGCAACGACUUCUUGAAAAAGUAGUGCAACAACGGUUUAUCAAGUCGCUUCAACGCCAAGUAUCUUCCAUUCAAGAUGUCGUAACUAGAAGAAGAAUCGAUGCUCUUCUAAUUUUUCUUUGUGCUACAGUACCAGGAAUGCGCGAAGAGCUACUUCGUAGUGGCUGGGAUACACCGUCCAGACUUCGUUCACUUGCAUCUCAGGCCCCGAAGACGGCAACACCGCCUUUGAGCAUACAGAUUGUAAAGAGGAUUCUUAACAGCAGUGAAAACCCGUUUUGGACGAUACUUACCUCAUUCAGUGCGGCUGAACUGAAAUUGGCAAUGACAAAUGUCGAACGACCUUUUCUGCGACCUUAUAUGUUUGUUAUGCCUGAAAUGCUGGCUGACUGUGUCCUUAUCACUCGUCCUGUGAAUGAACUCCACGCCAUUUUACUAGCUAAACUCAACCAAUUAGCUGAAAUGAUGAAUCGCACAGAAUGGGAUGCUCAAUGUCAAACAUAUUGGCAGGAGUUUGGAUUACCAGCAAACAGUCAGAUAGUGAUGUUAACAGAGGCCGUGAAAGUUCAAGCGCAAUGCAUAUCGGCCAGGGCACUAAGACAUGACUGUCCAGAUGCAGCUGGUGACGAGCGUCAACUUCGAUCCAUGAAGAAAUUAUUCAAGAUGAAUACCGAUGCAGAUAUGUUGAAGAAGCUUGGCGGAAUCGCAUUUGCUGCUCAGACGUUUGCAAGGGCUCUAAAUGCAGAAGAUUUCGACUUCAUUACAACUGAAGUAAAAUUCCCUUCAACAACGACAACUAUGGCACAGCUGUUAGCGGCGUAUCUAAUGAGCUCAGCACCAGGAAAAGAUGCCAGUCAAAUGCGGAAAGUUUGUGAUACUUUCAACGCACAUGUUGGACCAUUAUUCGAGCAAGUGAACCGAACUGCUCGAAGAGAUGUAAAUCGCGGACGAGAUAGAGAAGAUCAGGCCCGUGCAGCUACAAUAAUAGAACUAUCACGGUUCCUCAAACUUAUACGAAAUGAAUCGCUGCUGUCAUUUCUGAUCACCUACUUCGGUUAUCUGUUCAAUCGUUACCUACUAACUAAGAAAAGGCCACAUCUUCGAAUGACUCUACCCCUCGGGGAAAUAUUUGGACACGAGACCGAACUGAACCACGUGAAUAUUUUGGCCGUCCAAGAACUACUGGAAAUAUUUUUCCACAACGCAUUCCUCGUAAAUGCCACAAAUCCAAACUGGUUACGAUCAGCCGCUGAUUUUCGAUACGGAAGAGGACUUCUCGGUGAAGGUGGUAUUCUAUAUAUGGAAUAUCUGAUAGCUUCCAGAACACCGUUAUUAGUAGGCCCACAAGAAAGUCAGGUUGAGGAUUUGGUCUGGCGACGUUUGAGAGUCUGUUUGUCGAAAUCGCACUGGUUCACUUUGGCUGCUCUAGUGUGUCAAAAUAUCGAACACAAGAGAGAGGACGAAUAUAUGAAGGCAAUGGAGCUCCUAUAUUCACAACUGUCUCUCGAUGCUGGGGCCGAUUACUCCUGCAUGGUGUUCGACAAUACCCUAGCAGAACUUCUCUCUGACGUCUACGAGAGAAAUCAUAUGCAACCUAGCGCAGAUUUACUGUUCUCUUAUGCAUACAGAAGUUGUAUGAAUCCAGAAGGUCGGGAUGUUCUAACCAGGGAGCAAUUUAGAAGAAAUCAACGUCUACUCAGAACACUUGCAUCGCAAUUAUUUGAUGCACACUUUUAG